AUGACCUUUGAGGGAUAUACUGACAAAGGGAUUCCACAGAGUCCAUCCCCUAUUCUCAGUCCUAGGAGGCCACGGCUAACUACAGCAACAGCUAUCCUGUGCACACUGCUCUCCCUGCUCUCCUUACCUAGAGUCAUCAUGCCUCGAGGUCAAAAGAGCAAGCUCCAAGGCAGAGCAAAACGCCGACAUGACCAAAAUAAAGCUCAGAGCUGUAGAGAUGGUCAGCAAACAGCCACUACAGCAGAAGCGCCCCCUCCCUCCCUGCAGAGUCUACCUGUUGCUGAUUCAUGUAGCACCCCCCAGAAGCACCAAGGUACAGCACCUGCCACCACUGCUUCUGCAGCUGAUUCUUGCAGUACCUCUGGUAACAAUCCCACUGGCCAAGAUAAGGAAAAGAAAAGCACCUAUAACACCCUAAUCCCCACACAUAGCUUAGACAGAGAGCUAUGUGGGAUGAUUGUGUUGUUGGAGCAGUUCCUGCUUUACAAGUAUAAAAUGAAACAGCCCAUUUUUAGGGCUGACAUGCUGAAGCUUAUCAAACGGAGCCACUUAAACAAGUUUGAUGAGAUGCUUAAGAAAGCCUCAGAGCACAUCGAUGCUAUUUUUGCACUUGAAAUGAAGGAAGGCAACUCUGCCUUCCGCUCCUAUGACCUUGUCAGCAAACUGAAACUCCCCAACAACGGAAGGGUGCGCCCUGGCAGAGGGUUACCCAAGACCGGCCUAGUGAUGAACAUCCUGGGUAUGAUCUUCAUGAAGGGCAACCGGGCCACCGAGGAAGACAUCUGGAAAUUGCUGAGUAUGAUGGGAGUGUAUGCUGGGAGAAAGCACUUCAUCUACGGAGAGCCCAGGAAGCUCAUCACCAGAGAUUUAGUGAGGCUGCAGUACCUGGAGUACCAGCAGGUGCCUGGCACUGAUCCUGCACGCUACGAAUUCCUGUGGGGUCCAAAAGCCCAUGCUGAAACCAGCAAGAUGAAAGUCCUGGAGUUUGUGGCCAAGAUCAAUGACACCGUUCCUGCUGCCUUCCCAUCCCAGUAUGAAGAUGCUUUGAGAGAUGAGGAAGAGAGAGCCACGAACCAAACGUGCAGCCACACCCAGCAAUGUUGCCGAAGCUAG